ACCCUAAAAGGACCAGUGAUGGGGAAAAUUACUCUUAGAAUACACAUUCCUCUCCAACAGGAUUUAUCUAGAGAAAAAUGACUUUAAUUUACAGAUUAAUGUUCUCAUGUUCGAACCCUUAUGCAAAAUAAACAAAAAGAAAAAAAAAUAGUAAUUCGCUCGCGCCAAUUUUAUAGGUGGAAUGGAAGAAGCGAAGCGACCCGGGAAGUUAGUCUUAGAAAACUCCAGUGGCUAAUAUUCCCUUUGGAUUGAAAUUACCUUCCUAUCCCCUAACUAUAAAGCAAGUAAAGAAAAAGAAACUUCAAUCAGGUUCACCUGAAACAGUUUAAGGGAUUUGCUGUUGGUUUUUGUACAAGAUUCAAGAAUACAGAGGAGAAAAGUUACGGCAGCAGCAGGAAUUCGAUCGCAACAUCCUUCUUCUUCUUCUCCGAAUCUUCAGCGACUUUACAGGGGCUUAAUGGUAACUUAAUCCAUGUUUGCCUUAAGGAGGUUUCCUACUGCCUAUAGGGUACCAUCUGUUUGAACAAAUGCCUCGCCUUUUUGCAUAUAUGAGAAAGAGUUCUAGGAAUGGAAAACACCAGCAACAAGCAGGAAGUUGAGCCUUCGUCGGCAGAGAUUUAUGAGUUACCUGGGGAGCCUGCUAUUGUCAUUAAUGGAAUGCCUGAGAUUCCCCCAAGUGAUGGCACUCUUCUUACUUUCUCUAAUACUGUGCAUGAUGCAGAAUCCCAUGGAAAAACUAACUUUGGUGAAUGGUUGGAAGGAAGGGAAGUAAGAAAGUUGUUUGGAGAGCAAUACUACUCUGGUACAGUAACUGAGUAUGAUAAAGAAUCAGGCUGGUACAGGGUGGUGUAUGAAGAUGGCGACUUUGAAGAUCUCGACUGGACUGAAUUGAAAGAAGUGCUACUGCCCCUGGACAUCAUGGUUCCACUGAAAACAUUAGCCCUAAAAACUCUCAGGAAAAGCAAGAAACCUGUCCAUAAAUCUAGGUAUGCUAUGGCUCGAUCUCGAACACAUAAAGCCAAAACCACGGGAAGUAAGGGAAAGAAGGCCUCAGUACCUGAAGAUGCUUCAGUGAUGAACACCAAAGUACCUGAAGAUGCUUCAGUGAUGAACUCCAACGGUUCAUAAACAGUGAACAUAACGAAAGGUUGAUGGGGUUACAUUUACAUUCAGAUGUACCAGAAACAGCCUGGUGUAGAGGAUAAAUGAUUUGAAAACUGGUCUUGCUAGAUGGUUGAGAGUACUUAAAAAUGGAUACUGAAUUGGAAGGUGAACGAUGAGACUUAGGUGACUGUUAUAUUAGUCAAUGAUAUUGUUGUUGUAUUGCUUGUAACAUGUUAGGCUUUACUAAUACAAGAUUAAUUGGUGGGUGUUGAUCAAGUUGAGUAA